UUAGAUUCAAACGGAGCGGGGCGCGGAAGCGAGUGCUCAGUUUGUGGGGUUGUCUGUGAAGAGGGCUGAGCAGGCUGCUGCUGCCGCCUUCGCCGCCUCUAGUUAUGGCGAACAAGCAGAUCUACUAUUCCGACAAGUACUUUGACGAGCAGUACGAGUACCGACAUGUGAUGCUGCCAAGAGAACUUUCAAAACAAGUGCCAAAAUCCCAUCUGAUGUCUGAAGAAGAGUGGAGACAACUUGGUAUUCAGCAAAGUUUUGGUUGGGUUCACUAUAUGAUCCACGAGCCAGAACCGCAUAUUCUUCUCUUCAGAAGACCUCUUCCAAAGAAUGAGCAGAAAUGAAUACCUGGUUAUCAAUCUUCUAAAUCUUCUGGAACUGUAUAUGAGUGUAUAUAUCUUGGUAGUAUUCAGUAAAUAUUUUGAAAUGUACAAAUCAUACAUCCAUAUCUGUACAUGAGCUGUAUUAUUCACAGCAACAAAGCUCAGUCAAAUGCAAUUCAAAGUAGGCUGCUAUGGUGUUUGAAGACUGUUGAAACUCUUCCUUCACUGUUAACAUUAGUGCUUACUUAAGUCUUCACUGAAUUUUCUUCUAUUAAAGCAGUGCAUGUUCUGA